AUGCCGCGAGGACAAUCUUGUCGUGAGCUUGCGAACGACGAACGCACGGCCAUAUACCACUCACUGCUGGAACUCAAGGUCAAUGCACGCGUGCAACAUGGGUUCAUGAAGGCACUCUGCGAGAAGUACAGCGUGACCCGGCAGGCCAUCUCACGCAUUUGGAUCCAAGGACAAAGGAGCCUUUCCGCUGCCAGUGGGAUUCCACUUGCCACGUUGUGGAAACUGCUUAAGUCCAAGGCCAUUCGUCGGCGCAGCAGUCGCCUCAAACCUAUGUUGACUGAGCACCACAAGGCCCAACGGAUGUCGUUCGUUCGGGGGUUCAUCAAGUCAACGAGAGACGGGGGUCACAGUUGGCAUGAUAUGCUAGACAGGGUACACAUCGACGAAAAGUGGUUUUACAUCACAAAGCUCAACCGCAAGUACUAUCUUUGGCACGAUGAAGACGUACCGCAUCGCAAGUGCCAUUCCAAGGCGCAUAUACAGAAGGUCAUGUUCGUGACUGCCGUCGCUCGCCCGAGGUACGACCCAGCCCAGCGCAAGAUGUGGGACGGGAAGGAGGCCAAGAGAACAAGCAAGAACCGCGUCCGUGGCACGCCCAUCACUGUGCCCAUGACGGUCACAAAAGACAUCUAUCGUCGCUUCAUCAUCGAACACGUCAUCCCGUCAAUUCGACUGAAGUGGCCGGGCCAUCGUGGAAACACGAUAUACAUCCAGAAAGACAAUGCAAGGCCCCACGUCAGCAUUCGAGACCCUGAUGUCGUGGCUGCUGGUGCUUUGCAUGGUUGGGACAUUCGUUUGGACUCCCAGCCACCGAUGAGUCCCGAUUUCAACGUCUUAGACCUGGGUUUUUUUAACGCCAUACAGUCGCUGCAGCACCAGAAGAUGUCAAGAUGCAUUGAAGACCUUGUCGCGGCCGUCCACGAAGCAUACGUCGAAAUGGACUGGAAGAUUCUCGACAAGACCUUCAUGACGCUGCAAAAUGUCAUGAAGGAAGCGUUCAAGGCGAAUGGUGACAAUGUGUACGCCUUGCCCCAUGCCAGCAAGGACAAGACUCGCAAGACAUCCUGA